GGGUGAUCCUGUAGUGCUGAAGUUCUGGCAACAUAUAAGCAGGGGAAAUGUCUGGUCCACGGUUGUGUUUUGAAGAAGUGAACAAUGAAGACAUUCAGAACUGGAAUUCUCUGAGCCGAGAAGAAGUAAACAUCACAACAUAUGCUAACUCCAUUUCAACCAAUGAACCUAACAGAAAAUCAUGCAAUCAAGAACACUUUGCUUUGACAUUUCCCAAACCACCCAUGCCAGGCAGAAAAGAGAGAUCAAGACUUUCAGAAUUACAAAUCACAGUUCCUACACAAGUCAGUAGAAAAAGAGAAGAAGAUCAGAAGCCAGCUCAUACAUGGAUAAGGCAUUCUUUAAAACGUUUCUUUCAAUGGCCAUCCAUUUACCUAACUUUCAAACUACAGGCUCCACCUAGGCAUCCUCAUUUUUCCCAAACACAUCCUAUAGAGGCAGAAAAUAAGAAAUCCAAAAAUGAUAUAAAAGCAGCUCCAAAGAAAGACUCCAAGAAAAAAAACUAUUCACAUGCAAUAAAUCCAGAAUUUAAAAGCAUAGUAAAAAAUGAUAAAACCAAAAGAAGAAUUAAAGGAGAUAAAUCUCCAUCAAUAUCACCAAAUGAAGGAAAACUGAUUAAAUCAAAGUCAGGAUCAGAAAAAAGUCCAGUACUCAAAAAUUUUAAGGCAAUGUCAAAAAAUAUUUUAAAAUAUAAGACAAAUUCAAAAACUUACAAGAAGUCAGAUACGGAAUCCAAAUUUAAUAAGAGGAAUAUAAAUAAAGAUUCUAAGACAUCUAACAAAAAUUCUGAUUGCAAAUCAGGGACUUUUUCAAUAAAUAGUUCAAAUAUCAAUUUAAUGAUGUAUUCGAAGGAGUCUGUCUCUGAAUCCACAGAUAUUGACGUAUGGUUAAAAAAUUAUUCACAUAACAAUGCAAAGAAACCUCCAAAAAAAGAUGCAAAGAGGAGCUCAGACGCUGACUCUGCAGACUCAAAAGAUGCCAAGAAAGGUGCAAAGAAGGAUAAGAAACCAGCAAAGAAAGAUGACAAAAAGAAGGAUGCAAAGGAUUUAGAAUCUACAGAUGCUGAAUCUGGAGAUUCAAGGGAUGCAAAAAAAGGUGCAAAGAAAGAUAAGAAGCCUUCAAAGAAAGAUGACAAAAAGAAAGAUGCAAAAAAAGGCGCAGUAUCUACUGAUACUGAAUCUGGAGAUUCAAGGGAUGCAAAGAAAGUUGCAAAGAAAGAUAAGAAACCUGCAAAGAAAGAUGACAAGAAGAAAGAAGCAAAAAGAGACACAGAAUCUACUGAUGCUGAAUCUGGGGAUUCAACGGAUGCAAAGAAAGGUGCAAAAAAAGAUCAGAAAGCCUCAAAGAAAGAUUUCAAGAAGAAAGAUGCAAAAAAUGAAGCAGAAUCUACUGAUGUUGAAUCUGGUGACUCAAAGGAUUCAAAACAGGGUAAGAAACUAACAAGGAAAGCCAGCAAGAAGAACGAUGGAAAAAAAGACACACCUACUGAUUCUGAAUCUGAAUUAGAGUCCAACAAAGGUAAGAAAAAUGACAAAAAAGUAAAGAAAGAUAGUAAAAAUGUACCCAUCAAGAAAGACAUAGCUUCUACUGAGCUUGAUACCGAAUCUGAAGCAGAUUUUAAAAAAGGCAAGAAAGAUGAAGCUAAGACUAAAAAAAGUGACAUAAAGAAGGAUGCAAAAAAGGCCAUAGAGUCUACUGAAAGUGAGUCUGAAUUGGAAUCAAAGAAAGCUAAAAAAGAUUCAAAGAAGGAAAAGAGAGGUUCAAAGAAAGAUGUCAAGAGAGAAGUAAAGAAGUACACAGAAUCUACUGAUGCUGAAUCUGACAAGUCACUAAGCAAACCUGCAGCUAAAAAAAGGAGUGAUGACUCAGAUGCCACAUCUGCAGAUUCGAGGAAGGGAGUAAAUGGACUAAAGAAAGGAUUUAGAAUGUCAUCUAAAAAGACGACUUUCAGUGAGAAACAAAAAGAUUCAUUUACAUGUAGAAUUCCUCCAUCAAGAGAAAAGGCACCACUGCCUCCUUGUGAGACUUUUCUACCAUUACCCAGGGUCAAACGUCGCUGUCAGUGCAAGAUGCCUCCUCCACCUCCAAAACCAAGAUAUGCACCUUUGCCUGAAGCAAAGUGGAUUCAUAAGCUGCUUUAAAGAACAACUGAGCCCUUGGUUUCACAGAAUGGCCUUACCACAUCUAGCACUAGCUGUUACUCUCCAAUGAGCAAACCUACUUCUGUGGAACUGUAAUAAAUAAAAUCAAGUCUUCCA